UCCCAGGCAAGCGGCCACCCCAGCUAACUUCCGACCCCCUCCUCCCCGUCCGGCGUUCCGGCAUGUCAACAUGCCUGAGGUUAGAGGUUUGGGAGCAUUGAAUGGCGCCCGGCACGUCCAGUCCGUUCCCUUCCCUCGCCGCCCUCCAUGACGCUCCAGCCAACCGGCUAUCCCUCCAUCCAUCCAUCCCACAUACUCUCCUCGGUGCACACCAGAGAGCACGCGAAAGAGAAUUUGCCUAGAGCACAUGACUUACUUUGGCUCUCCCUGGGCCGAGCUAUUCCCAUCAGGUCCGGUCCCUCGGUGCGAAAAUGGCUUUGUAUGGUUAGGUUCAGGGCGGCCUGAACCCGGAAGCGGCGAUCGAGGCCCUUCCCCGGCUGGUGCCCCCCCUUGGGUCGUAUCAGAGGGACGAAUAGGCACUUCCGUGUGUCAGCUGGCCGUCGGAAACCCCAGAAAGGUGAGCGUUCCAAGGGGCGGGCGGGCGGCGGUGCCUCUGCGCCCGGAUCGGGCGACUUCGUGGGUCAACCGCGGAAGGACGGCACCGCUAGGCUUGUCCGCCCAUUUGUCUUGCUACGAACCCGACCAGGAAGGUUUUCAUUGGUAUCAUCCAUCACUUGAUGCGCAUAUGACGUAUCGUCUGCUAUCUUCACCACAUUUAUGGGUACUCGGUGGCGCUGAUUGGGUCUUUGGCGUCGCCAUGAGGGAGCUUUCAGUGUCUCCCCUGAACCGGCGAAUUGUGCGAGAGGGUGCAGGAUGGUGUUCUACCCAAGGCUUGUUUUGUUCUCGACCACAAGUUUGUCGUGUGCAGACUAGUAGUAUCGUGUCUCGGACGUCGUCCACCAUCCGAUAUUCCGCAUCGAAAAUAGGAGCACUCUGUCACCUUUCGCAAUGUAGGAGUUACAUCUCAUCGACUUUGUGUACUGGGCCUGACCUAUCCCUGAACGCCAUAACGAAGCUUUCCCCUUUCCCUACCGGUCCUGUAUGAUACAAUCGAAGUGAUAAACCGUGUCGCGUCCACCAAUCCCA